CUGUCAUUACAGUGUUUGAUUUGACAUUGAGAGCUUUGGAGAGGUUAUUGCACUAAAUACAAACCGAGUUACGGUUAAAUAUAAUAUUAUUUGUAAUGGUUCAUUCGGUAUCAAUUGUUAACAAUAAAACUUCGCUUUAUGAAUCCGCGGUUGCGGGUGGUAUGGCGGGAGCCAUUACAAGAGCCGUAGCACAACCCCUGGACGUUCUAAAAAUACGAUUUCAACUACAACUUGAACCUAUUCGAAAUGGUUCUAAAUACAGCUCUAUACUGCAAGCAGUGUCUUCUAUUGUGAAGGAGGAAGGUAUAUUGACAUUGUGGAGUGGUCACGUACCAGCGCAGUAUCUAUCAAUAGCAUACGGAGUCUUACAAUUCUCCGUGUUUGAACAGCUUACGCAAGUAUGCCAGAAUGCUGAUCAACAGUUUUAUCACACACACAGACACUGGAUAAACUUUUCCAAUGGCGGUGUGGCUGCAGCCGUCGGUACCGUUGCAUCAUUCCCAUUCGACACCGUCAGAACCAGGUUAAUUGCUGAACAGAAGACGAAAAAGGCAUACAAAGGGUUCACCCACGCAAUCACGUCUAUGGUAAGAACUGAAGGAGUAGCAGCCUUGUACAAAGGCUUAUCCCCCACACUGGGUCAGAUAGCACCACAUGCUGGCAUACAGUUUGCAGUAUACAGAUUUUUAACAGACACUGUAUUUAAUAAAAUACCUUUUUUCCAAAGACAAGCAAAUAUGCAUUCUGUGAUUGAAUCCUCUUUGGUGGCAAACAUCAUAGCUGGCUGUAUAGCUGGUUUUGUGGCUAAAACUGCAAUCUAUCCAUUUGAUUUAAUUAAAAAGAGGUUGCAAAUUCAGGGUUUUCAGCAAUAUAGGCAGUCUUUUGGUAAACAGAUGUACUGCAAUGGUCUGUUAGAUUGUUUGAAGUUGACCAUCACAAUGGAAGGGUUCCUAGCUCUAUAUAAAGGGUAUGGCCCAAGUAUGUUGAAGGCAGUUUUGGUUACGGCCAUGCAUUUUACUGUGUAUGAUGAAAUCAAACACAUGUUCCUGAAACUCAAGAGUUGAUGUAUGUAGCUUUAUUUAAAUAGAUCUAAAUUCAAGUUGAUAGGUAUGUGCAUGAGCAAUGAAUUAUUUAUUAGUGAACUUUAUCUGUGUAAUUAGUGUAAUAUUGAAAUCUAUGGAAGUUCCUUAUUGUACAUGUAUUUAUUAUGUUGCAUCAUCUAUUUGGCAUUGCAUAUACCUAUCAAAACUUGGUAAUAAGAACAAAAUAUUAAUUUUAAGAUUUAAAAACACGGGACUGAUCACAGGAAUAUUCAUCACUUAUUUUAUUUUAAGCUAGCCAAACCAAAACUGCCAUUUAAUGCAAUUCCAUUUUUGAAUUAUUAAAAAAAAUGUUUUCUAAUAUAUAUGUUGCCAGUAUUGAGUGAAUUACCUAAUUUAUAAUUUUCUAUUUAUUUUACAAAGAUCAGAAAAUUUUAAAUAUUAAUUUAUUAGAUUUAUUUAUGUUUAUAAGUUGUUUUAAGUAUAAAAAAUAUUUUAUUUAUUGACCUACCAUGUUGUUGCUUUUUAAUUUAUUUAUUGAAUAUAAAUAAUAUAAUCAUAAUUGCCAUGCUUGUUUGUUUUUUUACUUGUUAUUUAAAAUUAACAGCAAAACAUAUUUGAGUGGCUGUAUGUUUUUUUUUAUAUCAGUUUAACACCAGACCCUCACUGGCUUUUGAUGUAUGUGUGAUAUAAUUAGUUAAAGAUAUUGUCUGUCUAAAUCUGUUAUAAUAAAUAAUAACAUAAUUCGCAAAAACAAACCAUUCACAUCACACUUCCAAAGCAUUUGAAAACAAUCUGUAAUAUCUAUGGGUACUAUAAUUAUAUAUACAAUGUGAUAGGUGUGGGACUUCUAACCCGUUAAGGCUGAGUACUACAUCUAAUUUUAUCGA